AGUGGAUGAAGCAGAGCGGCCGAGGCCCGGUGGGGCUCCGCGGAGGUGAGGGAGCUGGUCGGCGGCCCCGGAGCCGGUGGCGCAGCGCACAUGCGGCGCUCGGGCUGACGCCCGAAGGCCGCCGCUCUGGGUCGUCCGGCCCGGCCUCGGCGUUUGGAGUCGCGGAGCGGGCCUGCGGCGGACGCCCAUGGAGAAGGCUGGGCGUGAGAGUGACGGCGCCCCCUGCGGGCCCGUCCUGCACAUCGUGGUGGUCGGCUUUCACCACAAGAAGGGCUGCCAGGUUGAAUUCUCUUACCCACCACUGAUUCCAGGAGAUGGACACGACAGCCACACUUUACCUGAAGAAUGGAAGUAUUUGCCUUUCCUUGCCUUACCAGAUGGUGCACAUAACUAUCAGGAGGAUACUGUGUUUUUUCACUUGCCACCCAGAAAUGGACAUGGAGCUACAGUUUAUGGUAUCUCUUGCUAUCGACAAAUUGAAGCCAAGGCAUUAAAAGUAAGGCAAGCUGACAUCACCAGAGAGACUGUUCAGAAAAGUGUCUGUGUUUUGAGCAAGCUGCCUCUCUAUGGCUUACUUCAAGCAAAACUUCAACUCAUUACACAUGCGUAUUUUGAAGAGAAAGAUUUUUCCCAAAUUUCCAUUCUAAAGGAGCUCUAUGAACAUAUGAACAGUUCCUUGGGAGGGGCCUCAUUAGAAGGAUCACAGGUGUAUCUUGGUCUGUCUCCUCGAGAUCUUGUUCUUCAUUUUCGACACAAGGUCUUGAUCCUGUUUAAGCUAAUUCUUCUUGAAAAAAAGGUUCUUUUUUACAUUUCUCCAGUGAAUAGAUUGGUGGGUGCACUAAUGACUGUGUUAUCCCUUUUUCCAGGCAUGAUUGAGCAUGGCCUUAGUGACUGUUCUCAAUAUAGACCCCGAAAGAGUAUGUCUGAAGAUGCUGGGCUUCAAGAAAGUAAUCUCCAUGCAGAUGAUUUUAUUUCUGAGUCUACUUCUGACAUUUCGAGUGCCAGCUUAGAAACUGUCACAAAAAUCAUGGCAGGAAACUAUGGAGGAGACAUUGUCCUCCAGUCGGAGAAGCCUUGCUUCCAAGUAGAAGAUAACAACAACAAAGGACAAGAACCCAGUGAUACUGGCCGAUAUUUGAAACUUCCACCUCGUCCAUCUCCAGAGUCCUCAGAAAGUGACUGGGAAACUUUGGAUCCUAGUGUCCUAGAGGAUGCCAACUUGAAAGAAAGGGAACAGAUGGGGUCAGACCAGACAAAUUUAUUUCAAAAAGACUCUGUACCCUCAGACAGUCCUCCAAUUACUGUACAGCCUCAAGCUAAUACCAGGCAGGUGGUCCUUAUACCAGGGCUCAUUUCUGGUUUGGAAGAAGAUCAAUACGGCAUGCCUCUGGCCAUCUUUACAAAGGGAUAUUUGUGUUUGCCUUACAUGGCAUUGCAGCAGCAUCAUCUUCUCUCUGAUGUCACUGUUCGAGGAUUUGUGGCUGGAGCUACUAACAUCCUUUUUCGACAACAGAAGCACCUCAGUGAUGCCAUUGUGGAAGUAGAAGAAGCGUUGAUCCAGAUCCAUGAUCCAGAACUUAGGAAGCUGCUUAACCCAACCACUGCAGACCUAAGGUUUGCAGAUUACCUAGUGAGGCACGUGACUGAGAACCGGGAUGAUGUGUUCCUGGAUGGCACAGGCUGGGAGGGAGGUGACGAGUGGAUCCGGGCUCAGUUUGCAGUCUACAUCCACGCUCUGCUGGCUGCUACACUGCAGUUAGAUAAUGAAAAGAUGUUAUCAGACUACGGAACAACGUUUGUUGCUGCCUGGAAGAAUACUCACAACUACAGAGUAUGGAAUAGCAAUAAGCACCCAGCGCUUUCAGAAAUCAAUCCAAACCAUCCUUUUCAAGGCCAGUACUCGGUGUCAGACAUGAAACUCAGAUUCUCACAUUCUGUUCAGAACAGUGAACGUGGCAAAAAAAUUGGCAAUGUCAUGGUCACGACCAGCCGGAAUGUGGUACAAACAGGAAAAGCCGUCGGCCAAUCAGUCGGAGGAGCCUUUUCCAGUGCAAAGACAGCUAUGUCUUCAUGGCUAUCUACUUUUACCACAUCUACCCCUCAGAGUCUUCCUGAGCCACCCAACGGGAAGCCCUGAGUCCAGAGGCAGAAGCUGCUUUGUUGUCUAAGGUGUAAUGCUCCCUUCCCAUCUGCUGCUCACAGGGUCUCCUCCUCUGUUCAUGGGUCCAUACCCAGGGACCAAGAUAAGAAACUGUUUACAUGGACGGUUGCACUCUGUCGAAAUGAAUGUUGCAGGAUGCUGAACAGAUGAAAUCACAACCAUAGCAAAAAUAGUUUUCCAGGUUGGGGGUUAAAUUAACUACUUUUACUUCGUUCUGAGCCUAAUUAAUGUACAAUGAACCUAGUGAAUUUUAAGUUCUGAGAUUGUACAUUUGUUUACUUAGAAGAAUUUUUAUAUAUGUAUAUUUUGUUCUAUUUUGCUGUUUAAAUAUUUAGAUGGUUAUUGUAAUUUAUAAUGACUAAAAUUAAGUUAUAUUGCUAUUUUACUUUCUCUGAAGUUAGCCCUAAAAUGUACUUGUAAGUGUAGGGACUAUGCAUUUCAGCCUAUAUUACCUUGCUGAGUUCUAGGGUGAACUUGUAUGGGGAGGAGGGUUGGAGGGGACUGUCUACCCACUAAACAUAUUUACCAGCUCAUUUCUUCCCAGAGCUGUGAAAGUCAAGAGGGAAAAGCUCUGAGGAUAAGAUAUCAUUUUAGAUGAUUUUCUUCCUGACAGAGUUGUUGUGAAGCAGUAAAGAUGCCACUGUGCUUCCCUCCUACUGUCAGUGAACAUGCAGGGAAACAGCAGUGGUGGCUCAGCAGCACUGAAGGGCUGGCACAUGUCUGUAGAGCGGUACCUUAAUGACCUACAUGCUAGUUUGAGCAACUCCAGUUACAUUGUAGUCUUAGCACUUUGUUAUCUAAAAUGUGUGCCUUGUUUCUUCAUGUGAAUGGUUGUCCAUUGGAUCAGCAUAGAUCUACAGGCUUUCUCUUAGUCUUAUUCUGCAUUGAGCCUUUCAGAAGCACUUGGUCCUCCUACUUCCCUGAUUGACAACCCUCCUUUAGUCAGUUCUGCUACCUUCUAAAGAAAAACAGUGACUAGUAAAGGUUAGAUAUAAGCCACAUCUUAGCUUACAUUUAGAAAACCAAGAAAUGGGCCAUGGAGAUUAUUUCAUGAGGGAAAGUGCUUACUGAGCAAGCAUGAAAAGCUGAGUCUAGGUCCUGAAACCCACAUAAAAAGCCACAUCUGUAAUCCCAGUGUUCCUACAGUGAGAUGGUUGACAGAGUCAGGAGAAUCUUCUAGAAGCUCAUGAGCCAGCUAGCUUCAAAUGUGCAGUGAACUGGCAAAAACAAGAGAGAGCCUGCCUCAAAACAAGGUGGAAGGCAAGAAUCAACUCUUGAAAAUUACCCUCUGACCUCCUUGUGUCAUGCACAUACUUUUCUUCACAUAUGUGCACACACACACACACACACACACACACACACACCUCUAAUGAAAGAACAGUACGAAGCAAAAGAAUGAACCCACACCCAUCUCAUGAGUCACUUGUUUGGUAAAGUACAACUGGUUUCAUGUUACCACAGGCAUGAAUUUUCCAGCCUCUCAUAGCUGGGUUCAUGUGUUUGUAAUGUAUAACUGCCAUUUGCUUUUCAAGGGAUCCUGAAUGGGUGUUCUCAGGGAGUACUAAUGUCUUCAGUAACAGAAGGCAUGUGGAAUAACCAUUAUAUCUACCUACAUAUGAUUUAACAAGCAUUGGGAAAAUAAGCGGUCUAAUUAAGGACAUUGAUUAUAUUUCAUUUAUCCCUUAUGAGAUGCCCUAAGGACUAUGAAAAGAACAUAGGGCGUAACCUAAUAUUUUUUAAACUUUGCAAGUUGGAUUUUCACAGAAAACCACAAUAUAAAAACUACUCAAACUGAGCAUAAUAACUGGAGAGGAUCCAGUGAUAACAAAUUAAUUGGUUAAUGGGAGACCACCAUUAAUUUGUUUCAGCCAGGGAGUAUUUGAAAAGAGAAGAAAGUAAAGCCACACAAAACUGUAAAAGGCACUUUAAUCAAUAUUAUCUGAGACUAUUGUUAAUUUAUUCUUAGAUGUCAUUCCAUGUGGAUGCAGCAUGAUGAUACGCCCAUGGUAGUUGACAUUGUUAGGAGCCCUGCCUGGGUUACCCAGUAAGAUAAUGAUUCAUUCUUUAGUUUAUACCAGGUUUGUAUGUCUUGGGGAAAUGUCUGCUGACACUUAAACAAAAGCAAUGCAAUACUCACCUUGAAAUAUACUUGGGAAAAAAAGUUGGACGAAAAUUAACUCUGUUUUUGUAUCACACUCCCUACUUGAGUGUAUAUGGGUCCCCUGCAUAGGGUCUGACAGUCUUAUCACAUAGGUCUCUAAAUUGCCAGCCUCCUGCUUCAAUCUCAAUAGCUGGGUUUUUAGGAGCACAGCACUAUGCUAGGCCUGAGUGUAUAUUUUAAGUGAACCUUCACUUAAUAUAAUUAAAAAUAUAACUCUUAAAAUGGUCACUUAACUAUCUUUCAGCAUAAAAUAACUUACCUUGGAAUAUAAACAUUUUAGAAUGGUCAAAGACCAUACACCUCCUCCCUGUAGGUUUUUGACUUUUCAAGGCUAAAGGCCAUUUUGUUGUUGACAGGGCCACUGCAGCAGCCAGUGUAAUGGAGAACAGAAGAUAGAGCCCUAGCCCAGUGAACCCACACAUACCUUGUCUGCAUUUUAGGCACCAGUGAAAAGACUAACUCUGAUAAGUAGAUUCCCUGCAGUCACUGGCAUGGUAACCCUUGAAUCAACACCAGGCCUUUUGACUACUGCCAGUAGAGUUGUGGCUGUUGGAGACCACACUUUGUUCAGUGAUCGCCAGUGCUUUUGUGUCUAAGAACUGUUUAUAACUAGACCUGAGUGAGUGAUAGUCAACCAACACUUGUCAGAUUCAGAGGGUGCAGACAUUAGUGGUAGCUGCACUGCUGUCCAGGUGGUUUUGAGGAAACCCUUUAUGAUCCUAGUGUAAUGACAGUGACUCAGAAUUAAAGCUGUGAGCCUGGACUAGAUUAGUAGAAUUUCUGAACCUGCAUGUAAUAGAGGUGUAGGACAAUUGUAUAGUUGUAUCUGAUUCAUAACCAGUAUGAAUUGUCCAUCCCUAAAUCCAUUUGUGACUCACUAGCUCACAAGCCUGAAAUCAGUUCUCUCUUUUUGCAUUAAGAAACGGUUGGCUUUAUUUGCGCAGCAAAGUAGAGCUCAUGAAAGGACUUCCUCAGGACUUCCUCAGCACUUCUCCUUUCCAAGUUUUGUACUAAAGAGUUACUGUUUUUUAGGAUAGCUUUCUUUGGAAAUUUAAGGAAAAAGCAAAUUAGGAAAAACAAAAAUGAGAAAGUAUUACAUGGCUGAGAAAUAGGCACUUAAAUAUAGGCACAUCAGUAUUUAUCUUACUAAAGGUAUGAGGUUAGAAAGAAGUUAGGAUUGUAAUUUGUUAUUGGCAUUUCUCAUUUAAGUGAUAACAUUCUUUUCUUGGUAGGCAGGUUAUAUUGAAGCUAUAUAUUCUAUGGAGAAAAUUUUAUGGAAGUUAACCUCUUCCUCCUGUGGUGGUAACUUUGGAAGUCCUGCAUGCCAGUGUCCUGAUGUGUACCCACAGGCAGUGUCUGCUGUAACCUCCACAGAGGGCAGCCUGUUAGCAUAGAAGCUGCCUGCACCACUUGUUAAAGUAUUGGGGCAUUGCUUGGGAUUCCUGAAACAGCAACAUUUCCACGCCCUGGUUCUUUAAUGAGAAGUGGCCCAGGAUUCAUGGCUCUGCACGCCAUCUAUUGGUAGCUUUAACUAUGACAGAAUGCUCCCCAAAUCACUUGAAGAUGACUAUCAUUCCUCAUAACAUAAUGUGCCACUAGGACUUUCUCAUUCCAAGUCUUCUGACUUCAUUACUUUGGAAUUGUUUUUCCAUAGUUUCCAACAUUCCACAAACUUUUUUUCAGAGACAAAGUAAUGUGUGUGUGUCUUUAUUUUUUUUUUCAUAUAAAAUAACUUCAUAGAAAUGACUUCCUAUCUACGUUAUGAAGAAGAAACUAGCUCCCUUGUAUGGUAUAACACUCUGAAAUUAAAAUAUUGUGCAUGUGUAAGGGGUUGGAUAUAUUUUAUAAAACUCUAAAAACAUUUGUAUUUCUGUGCUGUUCAGAAAUUUACCUUUUUACUUAUACUAAUUAAAGAUAUAGAAAACUAUAUAUUUAAAUCAUGUAAAUGGAACAUAACUUAAGGGGGUUUCCAAUCUUAUUUUUCAUCAGCUUCUCACGCACAUAGUAUGCUGCUCAAGUUUCUUUUUUGUGUAUUAUAAACAUUUGAACAUUUCAAGUCAGGUACUGAGCCAGAAAAGGUCAUUGAAGUUUUCAGAAAACUGCUUAGAAAACAUUUUAUUUUCUUGAAAUACUAUUAUUUUAUAGCUGGAAAAACAAGAUUAAGUACUACAUGUUUCAGUCCACUUGAUCAUCAGCUUCUAAAUUUAGGAAGCAUUUGAUUAAUGACUUGGUGAAGGCACUUAAUGGUUGGAAAAUAGUUUUUAAGGAAGUUUAGCUAUAGCACAUAUUUUAUCAGAGAUUUGGCUUCUCUUUCCUAGCUUUGUAGUUUGUGCCGGUUCAUUUCUGUUGUCAUUUUUAAAACAUCCAGGUUAUAAAUCAUGUCUAAUCAUGCUGAACUGUAGAACUCCUAUUGUAUCUUUAUUUUAAGCAAAACCUGAUAAUAAAAUCCUGUUUCUCUUGCA